AUGGCACCCCCCAGCGGCGGCGCCCGGCGCAGCGCCCCAGAGGACCGGCCUGUCCUGCCGCGGCAGAGCGCCGCGGGCCCCAAGAGCGCCACGCCCGCGGCAGGUCCCCGGGGCGCGGGGCAGCCGGCCGCCUCGCGCGGCACGGGCGCCGGCUUCGGGCCGCGCAGCCCGCCCCGCGCAGCCCGCCCUGCGCCGCGGAUGGGCACGAGCACUGGGUGCUUGCUCAACCAGGACGACGCCGAGCCUCGGCUCGACCCCCCGCCGGCCAAGCCCUCCAGCAGCGCUGGCCUCCCAUCAGCGGCGCGUGGCACUGCGGCGACCGAGGCUGCCCUCGCCGCCGGCAGUGGCCAGCGGCCAGCGGCAGGCCCGCAUCAGCGCCGGCAGCCAGUCGAGCCGAACACCGCCAGCCAGCUGGGCAGCGCCUUCCGGCCGCCACCGCGCAGCAGCGACCGAGGUGGGGAAGCCGCGAGGGCCACCAAGGCACCCGUGGGUAAACCCGACGCGCCGCAGUCAGCUGCGCGCACCAGCACCACCGACCUGACCGCAGACGGCUUCGCCAGCCGCAAGCCCGCGGGCGCGGGGGCGCGCGCGCCCCGCCUGUCGCAGUCCAGCGGCCAGCCCAAAGGCCUCGGCCUCCGCAGCCCUGCCGGCGCCAGGCCUGCGGGCACGCACUCGCCCCGCCCCUCGCAGCCCAGCAGCCGGCCCAGCGCCGGCAGUCAGCCUUCGCCCAAGGCCGCCGCACGCCUCUCGAGCGGCCAGGGCGCUAUAGCAGCAGCAGCGGCCAUACUCCCGCAGCCAGCCAGUGGCGCACGGGCCAAGAGGCCAUUGAGCCCGGAGUCCGAGGCCAAGGCGGAGAGCAUCCACCACAAUUGUGCCCACGACGAGGACGAGUGGUACAUCCGGGUGGACGACUCCGACCCUCAGGAGGCCGAGCUGGCUCGCGCAGCCAGCGCAGCAGGGCGUGGGAUCGAGGACAUUUGCCUGCUGAAGAGUGCGGCCGAUCUCUGCGCGUUCUUGCACGACGUCCAGGUGCCCGAGACGAGCCUCGUCCUGGUGGACACCGCGUGCCGGUGUUAUGAAGCCUGGGCGUUCUUGAAAGAUUUCGCCGAUAAGGGCGGCGGAAACUUGUUCCCUGUGAAGGUGGCCAUUACCACCGACUGCGAGGCCGCCCUGGGAGAAGGCAGCCAAUCGAUGCCGCCCAGCAGAAGCCCGACAUCACCAACCGGUCCAAGCCAGCAUAGCGCUACGGCGUCGCAGCUUGUGCAGCGCACCGUGGAUCACGAGCGCAUCCCCGACGAGCUCCGGGUGCUCCAGGACCGCGUGCCGCCAGGCGGCGCCGAGCGCGGCGCCGUCCAACCCCUCGACGCCGAGUCGCUGCGCGUUGUCUACGAGGAUUCCCUCGGCACCGCUUCCGGGGAGCGCGAGGGCCUCCACGACGAGCUGCAGGCGCCCGCGGCCGACAGGGCGGCUCUGGCAGUGCCCUCAGGGCCAGAGGCCGCGCAGGCUGGCCCCCCACGGCGGUGGGCUCCGUCGGCCGACGCGGAGCGUUUCCGCGACAUCGUGCGCGCGGCCGGGGAGGAGCGGCGAAUGGGCACGGACGGGAGGCCCCACGGGCGCGGCAGCUUCGUCGGCAGUUGGGAGACCGCAGCCGAAGUCGCUGACGCGGGGUGCCCCGACUGGAACUUCGAGGCGUGGCUCGGCAGUGCCCCGAGUGCCGCCGUGGCCGCCGUGGCCGUGGCGCUGGUGCCCCAGGAGCUUUCAUGGCCAGGGGGCUCCCUCGCCUUCAUCACGGCCGUGGGCCGGAAUGGCAAGGAGGACCGAGAGGCGACCAGCCGUGCCAUCGCGCACCAGCUGGACCAGAACGGCAUCAGCCUCAAGCUUGCCAGCGCCAUUGUAGAGCGCGGCGUCGCCCUCGUGGACAGUGCAGCCGCCGCAGGCGAGGCCCUGAACGAGAAGUUCGCUGCCGACGGGGGGUUCGAGUUCGACUUCGGCACGAAGGCGGAUUUCUUCCAGGGUCUGGAGUUCCGCAUCGGCCCCCCGAAUCCAGACGUCCUCAAAGGUAUGGUCUACGACCACUGCGAAAAUGUGGACUCUAAGUCUGAGUGGAAGACAGGAAACUAUGGCAUUACCACCACGUCCAGGAAUGAGUUCCUCCUGGUGCUUCAGGACGUGUUCGACCAGUUGAAGGGCACCAGCAGUCUUGGAGCCACGGACGAAGAAGUGGACGAGUGGGAACAGCACGUCAAGAAGCCUAAGGAGGAGGUCGAGAAACUUAAGGAACCAGUGCAUCUGGGGGUGGGCCCGCCGCUGCAGUGGCCAGAUGAGACGGAAAAUACUGGAACCCCCCGGUCCACAAAUCGACAGGAUAUCCUACGUGGUUUGGCUAAAAAGAACAAGGAGCUCAGGGAGGUUGGGGAGAAGCCCCUGCUGCUGGCUGAGGCCGUCGCUCUGUGUCUGUACUCGGGCCCUCUGUUCGAGAAAUACAACGCCGUGUGCCGCGGGGGUCCUCUGCCAGAGUGCGAGCGCGAGCCCAGCAAGGUCAUGCGCGACCGGUUCCAGAGAUUGUGCGGAGGCAGUCCAGGCGGCAGCAAAGAAGCGGCGGUGAAUCGGUACGCGACAACCAUCCACGUGUUGGCAUCAGCGCUGGCGAAGGCCAGCAAGACGUCCAAGGCCUGCACCGUCAUGCGCGGCACCAAAGGCGGCCGUCUCCCGAAACAAUUUUGGGGGAAGGACGACGCCGGAGUGAAGGGCGGCAUCGAAUACGGAUUUAUGAGCACAACCACGGACCGUGAAGUCGCCAUGCAGCACGCGUCGGGCCAGAGCGCAGGCACCGUCUUGGAGAUCCAGACCGGCAUGAUCGACAGGGGCGCCGAGCUGAGCUGGAUCUCGCAGUGCCCACAUGAAAAGGAAAUGCGCUUCCCCCUCCCUGACCAGCAUGCAAGUUUUGGGCACAUCGGUCGAGGACAAGGUCCUGGUGGUCUCCUUUCGCCUGAAUCUCAAUCUCACCUGCUCGACUAUCGAGGAGGUAAUCGGGAAGGGGCGCAAGGUGGUCGAAGACAUGUGCCGGAACCUUCAGGGCGAGGCGAAGCGCGAGAUGAAGCGGGAGGCGGAGAGGGAAACACUGCUAUACGAGCACGACGCAAUCCAGGAAGUGUUCGAAAAGGCUCUCCGCGACAUCUACGAUCGACCGUUUGGAGAUUUCAAUGCCGAUGA